CAAUAAUACCAGCAAUACAAGAAACAUUUGUUGAAGAACCUGUUAAGAUUGAUCUGAUUGAUGAGGCAGAGUUAAUAAGACAGCUUAAGAUCAAACCUACCAAUAUCGCCGAAUGGAAAAAAAGACAUUACAUAACAGGCUAUCUUAAUAAGAACCAGAAAGUGAAGAUAUAUGUAUCUAGAGGUGAUUGGUAUAUAUACCAAGACUACUUAGAACUCAAAUAUAAGCAUGACGAAACCUUAAUAAAUUGCGAUGUACCAUGUAUUUGGAAAGCAAAGGAAAUACAAAAUUUAACGUCCGAAGAGCUUAAAAGUGCUGAUGGUCUUUUUUGUGUUAAUCAACCAGGCUUACCAAAAGAGAAAGCAUGGAAAGGCCAAAAGUUCAUACAAUAUACUUUAGAACCUAAGACUCAUUGCCCACAAUGUCAUGAUAAAACCCACCUGUUUGAUAUCCGCGCAACUUAUGAUGAAAAUUCUGAUAUACCUACAAGUUAUGUUAGAAUGGACACCGAAAAAUGGAGAACAGUAGUUCCUUUUAAUAUAACAAAGCUCACCCCGAAUUCAACAUUUAUUUCGUUUAUCGCUUCUCAUUGGACUAAAUUCAGAGGUGAAUUUAUUCCAAAACUUGAGAAACAUAUUCCUGUCGCAUCCUUCGGUGGUGUCCUUCGUAACACCGAUUGGUAUCCUGAAUGCAAUGGCUUAAGCCACUUUAAAUCAAAGAAUUGUAUCAUUUCUAAAUUUCCUUUUUAUAUUGCAAUUGAAAAUUGUCAAGAAAAAGAUUAUUCUACUGAAAAGUUAUGGGAUGCGUUUAGUUUGGGUGUCGUGCCCGUUAUAUGGGGUGCGCCUAAUACUCGUUUAUACUUACCGCAUCCUAAAUCUGCUAUUUUUAUUGAAGACUUCAAAGAUGCAAAAGCUCUUGCUGAUUAUUUGAAAUAUCUAGUUACAAAUGAGACUGCAUAUUUAGAAUAUCAUAAGUGGCGGACUAUGAAGUUGUCUGAUGAAUUUGAAAAGAAAUCAUAUAUGAGCAUGUGUAAUCUUGAAUGUAACGUUUGCAGAGAAGUUGCUAGGUUGAGAAUUAUUGAGAGAUUUAAUAAUACCGAUACAUGA